AUGAGUUGCAGGUUGCACGGUUGCAGGUUGCAGGGAACGACUCCACGGCCAGCGCAGAUCGACCGAGACACCGAAGGGCCAGCGGGCAAUUCUGGGCCACCCUGGCUUGCAGGGAACCGUAUUUGCUUUCCCACGCCCCUAACCAAAGGAGAAGACUCGAUCCUCGGAAUCUCCGAAAGCGCCUCCACCUCCCAAAUCCGCGAUGCCUACAAACGCGCCGCCCUAAAAACCCACCCCGACCGCCUACCCGCCGAGCACCCCGACCGCGCCGCCCGCACCCGCCAGUUCCAGCUGGUCAACGACGCCUACUACACGCUCAACGACGCCGGCCGCCGCCGCGAGUACGACGCCCAGCGGAAGCUGUUUGCCAGUUCUUCUGGUUCUGCUGAUGGGGGGAGGAGGGCGGGGAGGGCUGGUACCGCUGGUGCUGGUACUGGUGGUGCUGGGGGGCAGCAGAUGCCGGGGGGUUUUGAUUUUGGGGAGGAGGAUGCGUUUGGGGAGGGCGGGAUCCCGUUUUCGUGGGCGUGGAAUUUCUUUACGGGCGGGCAAGGGCAGGGACAGCCGGGGCAGCCGGGGCGGCAGGGGCAGGAGGAGGCGCGGGCGCGGACCGAGGACGAGCAGUUCGCCGACGUGUUUGAGGAGAUGCUGCGGGAGGAGGGCAUGGCGGCGGGCCAGGAGGGCGCGGCGGGGGGCCCCGCGGGCAAGUUUUGGAGCUUGAUGGGCGGCCUGAGUGGUGGUGCGCUGGGCUUCAUUGUGGCUAAUGUGCCGGGGCUCGUGGCCCGGCGCGGUGGCGGGGAAUCGGCUGGGCGCGGUGAGAGAUGCGAAGGGGAAGAGCGUGUAUGCCGUGUUUCAGUGCGACAGGAGCUGCCGCAGACGGACCGCGCCAAGUUGCUAAGCCAGUUGGCGGCGAAGGUGUUGAGCCAUGCCGUUGGGGUUUAA